CUUUCUUAUCUCUAUGAACAGAUCAUACACGCAGCAUAGAAGCCUACCUUUGCUGAUAAUAUAUGAUAUGAUAAUACAUCCAUUUUUGAAGCGAUGAUGACAAAAUAUCGUUAUAAAUCUCAUUUUAAACCAACAAGAUCUAGCGGCCUUCAACAACCAACAUGGCCGCUGAUAGUUCCUCAGUUCGACAGGUUUCAGUGUGGAUGUACCAUUUCCAGUAUUUUAGAAAAUAUGUUUCCCCGUAAAUUAUAAACUAAAGCCGCAACUUAAAUACUUCUGAAGUAAAUUAUUUGAUAAACGUUAUUGAAACUCCUUGCGCUUUGGAUACGAGACCAAUUUGAAAUAGACGCCCGAUAGAAAUACUUUUCGAAAACUUCGUAUUUGAAGCGCAACGUUCCGCAUAGCGCGAACAACCCGGUGCAAGAGCGCGACAUUCCCUUCCGGCCCUUACUGGUUUUUUCCUCACGGCAGCCGCUAGCGCGUCCCCGCAAGAUGACGACGACUCCCUAGAUACCGACGGUUUCCGCGAAGACCGUUACCUUAUAGAAACCCCCACGCCCGAGGGCAACGCGAAACCUCUCGACUCUCAAGAGGUCACCGCGUACGAGGACGCGUCUCGUUAUUACCGGCACCACGCGGAACUCUUUGUCGGACAGAGGAAACGUCUCGCUUCCAGCGAAGACCUCGACGCGACCGAUGUGAUAGAUAGUUUUGAUACUACCUCAAAUUUGUUGCCUUCCAAGUGUAGCGUAGAUAAAAAGAUAAGCGUAGAAUUAGAUAGUUUUAACAAAGAAUUUACGUCGCCCGAAGAGAAAGGCGCGAAGGACUCGAAGAGACCGGAAGACUGGGAGAGGAAAGAGAGAAAGACUGUGGAGAGGCUGCACGGCGGCGCGGGCAAGGACAAAGUCGCGCCCGCCGACGAGGACGCGGUCUAUUUGAAAACCACGCCGGAUAAUGUGACGGUCACCUUCAAAGAAGGGACCGGGUCGAACAGAAUCCAGCAGGACAAUAAGGAGUUGACGGCGAAGUCGACGAACACGGACGAUGAAUCAAGAAAUAAUUUAAAUCGGGCGCACAAAGGCACGUCGCCUCUCGGCGAUUUUAAGGGACACGAAUUGCUUCCGAGCUCCAAGCCUACCCUGGAACUCAUAAUAGGGCGUAAAGAGGUGCGGACGAAGGACGCUUCGGCCUCGGCUGAAAGCCGUCUUACAUUGUACGGUACCAAGGACGUGGAGAUUUCGAUCAAAUCCCAAUCGCACAUCUCAGUCACUACGACGAAAAGAGACAAACACACGGGAACCGAAACGUCCGAAAAAUUUGACGUCGGGAUGACGACCACCGCCGGUACCGAUAAGUUCGUGUCGUUCGACGACCCGGCGUCGAAGAAACGGGAAGAGACGGUGAACUUUUGCGGCACAAAUCAGAUUUUCACGUACGACACCUCCAAAGAUUUGCAGGAGGUUUCGUCCGCGAGCGAAGACAGCGUGUCGCACCACGUGACGGAUACGGGUAUCUCGAUAACCCGAGGCACCACCACCGAAACGUUGACGAGUAUCGAGAGGCAACGACCCGGUACCAUCGGCGGUAUCCUCACCACCGGAUUUAUCUCGGAAACGGAAGAAGGAGAGUGCACGGACGCGGGUCUCAGCCCGAUACAAGCCGACGAGCUGACUAUCCAGGACCUGGACGAGGUCACCCAUUAUACGGAAACCGGCACCAGCCCGAUCGAAUUCCAUGAGACGACGUCAGACGCCGGCACUCUCACCGAUCAGGUGGAUACCAAAGACGCAAGCAGUAGUCCCAUAAAGUUGGACGAUAGUCCGCCGUUAUCCGCGACCGAAAUGUUGAAAGACGAGGAAAUCCUUUCCAAGAGGCGCGGAUCCGGCGAUGUGAAGGCAAAAAUCAAACUGCUCGAAGAGCAGGCGAGCAAAGGGGGCUACAAGGAAUUUAAACGGAGAAAGCGGGAUGCGUUGGAUUCGGAAGACGAGAUAUCGAGCAUGAAAGAGGAGGAAGUGAUGCACGGAUCGACUGAGACGUUGGCCCAGAUCGACGACGACGAGUACAGGCUAGAGUCGAUCACCGAACAGAUAGUUCAAGAAAGGGUGCACGAUACAUCCCUGGAAAGUUUCUCGGAACAGAAGGCCGUGGCGAUCGCAACGCCGCCGAAACAUGUCGGGAGAAAAAUAGCGGAGCUUCAGAAAAUUUUCUCCGUCGAAUGUCACGAGCCCGAUUCUCCUAAAACCGUUCCGAAGAAGACGGACGAUGCAGAAUCGAAACCCGUCACCAAGACGGAUAUACAUUCUCCAGACGAAGAUGUCGACAUAAUCGAAAAGCUUCGAAGCGUUAAAGACAAACGGAACAUGUUUGAGGAGUUAAUUUCGAGGUCUCAAGAGGGAACGCCCACCAAGAAGUCCAAGAGAGACAAACAACCGACGGUCGCCAAAGAAUACACGGAUGAGGAACUGAAAAGUUGUCUGGAGUCUAUCGAGGACCAGAUUGUCGUCGAGGAAGACAAACCUCCCAAGCCUGAUAAAGCCGAUAAACCGUGCAAUAUCGAUUUCAACCCCGACGAGCCGAAAGUGCCUUGCAAUGAACCCGUAUGUAUAAAAGUCCACGUGGAACACAAAAUACCGACUCAGUCGGAAGCAGACGAGCCUAAAAACGUGCCUGAACAACAAGCGGAUAUCGACGAACCGGUAGAGAUAAUAAAAGAAGCUAUAGUGGCCCAUGCGACACUGGUUUCGACGAUAGCUCUACCAGCAGAGGUGGUAACAAGCGACCAAGUAUCUAAACUAAUCGAUGGUACGAAGAGAGUAACACCAAAAUUAUCUCCGCGUAAAACUCCUCCUCAAAUGCUUAAUAUCGGCAACGCGGAAAUGAAAAUUCCUAUAACAGAGUCCGAGGUGCAGAAAAUUAUGUCAGAAGUGUUGGAAGCGUCAAAGCAAAUUAAGCAGGGAGUAAAGGAAUUGAAGCCGGACCUGACGCCAACUCCGGAGGGCCAAUUGCUGCAGGUCGUCACGCCUACGUCAGGCGAAAAAGCAAAGGAUUUGGAGAAAAUUGACGAGGAGUUGAAAGGCUUCGACCAAGCCAGUUUAGCAAAAUACAACAAGGAAAUGAUGAAUUUAAGGGAAUCCGUCUCGAAAACGGCACGGAAAAACGAAGAAAGUAAAAAAAUAUCGAGUAAGAUUGACGCAGACGGACGCAUUGCAAUGGCUAAAAAAAUUAGUGAUAAGCAGCAGGAAAUUGACGAAAAUAGAAGCGAAAGUGAUAAAGAUAGAUUCGACUUUGAAGAAGACGAGCGAAGUCAGCAGAGUUUUUCAACAAUGGGCCAAGUCAAAGUUGAUGAAGAAGUAAAACAAAAACAAGACGAUUAUUCUGCACCGAUUACAAAAUUAAAAGAAACUUUGAUAGGAAAGCAAGAAAUUAAAUCUCUUGCUGAAGAAAAAGGUAUAAUUUCUCCCCAAAUUCCAACAAAUAAACCUAUAAUAACCGAUCACAUAAUAAAGUCUUCGGUGGAUAAGUCUAAACAUUUGAGUCCAGUUGAGAUAGAAAUUCAAAAAGAUUAUAUUGGAGAAAAAAUUGAAAAUAAAAUAAUACCUGUAACAAAGUUAAGCUUUGUCCAAACGGACAUUAAAUUUUCUAAUUCCAAAAGAAUAUCCGCAGCACAGGAAAUAACUAAAUUAAACCCCAUAGAGGCAGAAAAACGAGAAAUUAAAUAUCCUGCUGAAGAAAAAAAAUCUGUUUCUCUAAUAAUACCCCUAGGUAAAGAAAAAUUAGAAGAUCACAAAAUGAAAUCACUUGUGCAUAAACCUAAAGAUUUGUGUCCGGUUGAGAAAGUAAGAGAAAAAGAUGAUAUUGGAAAUGAAAUUAUUCCUGCCUCAAAAUUAAGCCCUGUUGAAAAGGACGUCAAAUUAGAUAGCUACGAAAUAAAAUUCCCAACCCAGGAAGAUACUAAAUUAAGCAAAAUACAGGUGGAGAACUACCAAAUUAAAGCACUUGCUGCUGAAGAAAUUACAACUAACCCACUAAUUCCUCUAGACAAAGAAAGACUCGAACACCAAAUAAAAUCUACUGUUGAUGAACCUAAAGAAAUGGGUCCGGUUGAUAAAGUAGCUGGACAAAAAGAUGUUAAAAGUAAAAUUGUAGAGGAAAUCAUUUCAGUCUCUACAAAAAAGGAUCUUGUAUUUGACGAACACAAAAUAAAAUCGCCCAUCCAGGAGGUUACUAAAUUAAGACCAAUGGAAGUAGAAAAACAAAAAAUUAAAUCUCUUUCUGAUGGAAAAGUAGUAAUGUCUCCAAUAAUUCCCCUGGAUAAAGAAAAAAUCCACGAACACAAACUAAAAUCGCCUGUGGGUGAACCUAAAAAAUUAAGUCCAGUUGAAAAAGUAGCUGGACAAGAUGUUAAAAGUAAAAUUGUAGAGGAAAUCAUUUCAGUCCCUGCAGAAAGGGAUCUUAAAUUUGAAGAACACAAAAUAAAAUCGCCAAUCGAGGAGGUUACCCAAUUAAGCGCAAUUCAUGUAGAAAAACAAGAUAUUAAAGCUCUAACUGAAGAAAAAGUGAUAUCUCCACUAAUUCCAGAAGAUAAAGAAAAAAUGUACGAUGACAAACUAAAAUCACCGGUGGAUGAACCUAAAGAAUUUAGUCCAGUUGAAAAAGCAGCUGGACAAGAAGAUGUUAAAAGUACUAAAUUAAGGGCAAUUCAUGUAGAAAAACAAGAUAUUAAAGCUCUUACUGAUGAAAAAGUUAUAACUCCACUUAUUCCAGAAGACAAAGAAAAAAUACACGAUCACAAACUAAAAUCGCCUGUGGAUGAACCUAAAGAAUUGGUUCCAGUUGAAAAAGCAGAUGGACAAGAAUAUGUUAAAAGUAAAAUUGUAGAGGAAAUCAUUUCAGUCCCUUCAGAAAAGGAUCUUAAAUUUGAAGAACACAAAAUAAAAUCACCAAUCCAGGAGGUUGCUAAAUUAAGCCUAAUUAAUGUAGAAAAACAAGAUAUUAAAACUCUGACCCAAGAAAAAGUUACAUCGCCACUAAUUGCAGAAAAUAAAGAAAAAAUGUAUAAUCACAGAAUAACAUCGCCGAUGGAUGAACAUAAAGAAUUGAGUGCAUUUGAAAAAGUAGCUGGACAAGAAGACAUUAAAAGUAAAAUUGUAGAGGAAAUCAUUUCAGUCCCUGCAGAAAAGGAUCUUAAAUUUGAAGAACACAAAAUAAAAUCGGCAAUCCCGGAGGUUAUUAAGUUAAGCCCAAUUCAUGUAGAAAAACAAGAUACUAGUGCUCCUUCUGAAGUAAAAGCUUUGUCUCCACUAAUUCCUGAAGAUAAAGAAAAAAUACUUGAUCACAAACCAAAAUCGCCGGUGGAUCAACCUAAAGAAUUGAGUCCAGUAGAAAUAAUAGCUGAACAGGAAGAUGUUAAAAGCCAUAUUGUAGAGGAAAUUAUUUCAGUCCCUGCAGAAAAGGAUCUUAAAUUUGAAGAACACAAAAUAAAAUCUCCAAUCCAGGAGAUUACUAAAUUAAGCCCAAUUCAUGUAGAAAAACAAGAUAUUAGUGCUCCUACUGAAGAAAAAGCUUUAUCUCCACUAAUUCCUGAAGAUAAAGAAAAAAUACAUGAUCGCAAACCAAAAUCGGAGGUGGAUCAACCUAAAGGAUUGAGUCCAGUUGAAAUAGUAGAUGGACAAGAAGGCGUUAAAAGUAAAAUUGUAGAGGAAAUCAUUUCAGUCCCUGCAGAAAAGGUUCUUAAAUUUGACGAAUACAAAAUAGAAUCGCCAAUACAGGAGGUUACUAAAUUAAGAAAAACCGAUAUUAGUACUCCUACUGAACAAAAGGCUAUAUCUCCACUAAUUCCUGAAGAUAAAGAAAAAAUACAUGAACACAAAGCAAAAUCGAGGGUGGAUCAACCUAAAGAAUUGAGUCCAGUUGAAAUAGUAGCUGGACAAGAAGAUGUUAAAAUUAAAAUUGUAGAGGAAACAAUUUCAGUCCCUCCAGAAAAGGAUCUUAAAUUUGAAGAACACAAAAUAAAAUCUCCAAUCCAGGAGGUUACUAAAUUAAGCCCAAUUCAUGUAGAAAAACAAGAUAUUAGCGCUCCUACUGAAGAAAAAGCUUUAUCUCCACUAAUUCCUGAAGACAAAGAAAAAAUACAUGAUCACAAACCAAAAUCGCCGGUGGAUCAACCUAAAGAAUUGAGUCCAUUUGAAAUAAUAGCUGGACAGGAAGCUGUUAAAAGUAAAAUUGUAAAGGAAAUAAUUUCAGUCCCUGCAGACAAGGAUCUUAAAUUUGAGGAACACAAAAUAAAAUCGCCAAUCCAGGAGGUUGCUAAGUUAAGCCCAAUUCAUGUAGAAAAACAAGAUAUUAAAGCUCCUAUUGAAGAAAAAGUUUUGUCUGCAGUAAUUCCUCAAGGUAUAGCAAAAAUACACUAUCACAAACCAAAAUCGCCGGUGGAUCAACCUAAAGAAUUGAGUCCAGUUGAUAUAGUAGCUGGACAAGAAUACAUUAAAAGUAACAUUGUAGAGGAAAUCAUUUCAGUCCCUGCAGAAAAGGAUCUUAAAUUUGAAGAACACAAAAUAAAAUCAUCAAUCCCGGAGGUUAUUAAGUUAAGCCCAAUUCAUGUAGAAAAACAAGAUAUUAGUGCUCCUUCUGAAGUAAAAGCUUUGUCUCAACUAAUUCCUGAAGAUAAAGAAAAAAUACUUGAUCACAAACCAAAAUCGCCGGUGGAUCAACCUAAAGAAUUGAGUACAGUAGAAAUAAUAGCUGGACAGGAAGAUGUUAAAAGCCAUAAUGUUGAGGAAAUCAUUUCAGUCCCUGCAGAAAAGGAUCUUAAGUUUGAAGAACACAAAAUAAAAUCUCCAAUCCAGGAAGUUACUAAAUUAAGCCCCAUUCAUGUAGAAAAACAAGAUAUUAAAGCUCCUACUGAAGAAAAAGUUGUGUCUCCAGUAAUUCCGGAAGAUAAAGAAAAAGUACAUGAUCACAAACAAAAAUCGCAGGUGGAUCAACCUAAAGAAUUGAGUCCCGUUGAAAUAGUAGCUGGACAAGAAGAUGUUAAAAGCAAAAUUGUAAAGGAAAUCAUUGCAGUCCCUGCAGAAAAGGAUCUUAAAUUUGAAGAGCACAAAAUAAAAUCUCUAAACCAGGAAGUUACUAAAUUAAGCCCAAUUCAUGUAGAAAAACAAGAUAUUAAAGCUCCUACUGAAGAAAAUGUUUUAUCUCCAUUAAUUCCUGAAGAUAAAGAAAAAAUACAUGAUCACAAACCAAAAUCGCCGGUGGAUCAAAAUAAAGAAUUGACUCCAGUUGAAAUAGUAGCUGGACAAGAAGAUGUUAAAAUUAAAAUUGUAGAGGAAAACAUUUCAGUCCCUGCAGAAAAGGAUCUUAAAUUUGAAGAACACAAAGUAAAAUCUCCAAUCCAGGAGGUUACUAAAUUAAGCCCAAUUCAUGUAGAAAAACAAGAUAUUAAAGCUCCUACUGAAGAAAAAAUUUUGUCUCCAGUAAUUCCGGAAGAUAAAGAAAAAAUACAUGAUCACAAACCAAAAUCGCAAAUGGAUCAACCUAAAGAAUUGAGUGCAGUUGAAAAGGUAGCUGGACAAGAAGAUGUUAAAAGCAAAAUUGUAAAGGAAAUCAUUUCAGUCCCUGCAGAAAAGGAUCUUAAAUUUGAAGAGCACAAAAUGAAAUCUCCAAUCCAGGAGGUUACUAAAUUAAGCCCAAUUCAUGUAGAAAAAGAAGAUAUUAAAGCUCCUACUGAAGAAAAAGUUUUGUCUCCAGUAAUUCCGGAAGAUAAAGAAAAAAUACAUGAUCACAAACCAAAAUCGCAGGUGGAUCAACCGAAAGAAUUGAGUCCAGUUGAAAUAGUAGCUGGACAAGAAGAUGUUAAAAGCAAAAUUGUAAAGGAAAUCAUUUCAGUCCCUGCAGAAAAGGAUCUUAAAUUUGAAGAGCAUAAAAUAAAAUCUCCAAUCCAGGAGGUUACUAAAUUAAGCCCAAUUCAUGUAGAAAAACAAGAUAUUAAAGCUCCUACUGAAGAAAAAGUUUUGUCUCCAGUAAUUCCUGAAGAUAAAAAAAAAAUACAUGAUCACAAACCAAAAUCGCAAAUGGAUCAACCUAAAGAAUUGAGUGCAGUUGAAAAGGUAGCUGGACAAGAAGAUGUUAAAAGUAAAAUGUUAAAGGAAGUCAUUUCAGUCCCUGCAGAAAAGGAUCUUAAAUUUGAAGAUCAUAAUAUAAAAUCUCCAAUCCAAGAGGUUACUAACUUAAGGCCAAUUUAUGUAGGAAAACAAGAUAUUAGUGCUCCUACUGAAGAAAAAGCUUUGUCUCCACUAAUUCCUGAAGAUAAAGAAAAAAUACAUGAUCACAAACUAAAAUCGCCGAUGGAUCAACCUAAAGAAUUGAGUCCAGGUGAAAUAGUAGCUGGACAAGAAGAUGUUAAAACUAAAAUUGUAGAGGAAAUCAUUUCAGUCCCUGCAGAGAAGGAUCUUAAAUUUGAAGAACACAAAAUAAAAUCUCCAAUCCAGGAGGUUACUAAAUUAAGCCCAAUUCAUGUAGAAAAACAAGAUAUUAAAACUAUUACUGAAGAAAAAGUUUUAUCUCCACUAAUUCCUGAAGAUAAAGAAAAAAUACACGAUCAUAAACUAAAAUCGCCGAUCAUCCUAAAGAAUUGA